UGUGAGUGGGUGGUGUGCACAUGCUUGUGUGUGUGUGUGUGUGUGAGCAUGCCACUACCUGCAUGUAGCUAUCAGAGGACAGCACUGAGUAUUGGUUCUAUCUUGUUUGAGCUAGUGUCUCUCUGUACACCAGUAUAUACACCAGGCUAGCUGGCCUGUGCAAUAGCCUUGAGGCGUCUCCUGUCUGACUCCCAUCUCUCUGUAAGUAAAAGCAUCAGGAAGCACUGGGAUUACAGAUGUGAACUACUGCAUUUGACUUUCUGUGGAUUCUAGGGAUCCGAACUCAGGACCCUGCACUUGUGCAGCGAGCACCUUACCCAUGUACAUAUCCAUCUUCCCCAGUCCCUAGGGUUAUUUCAGGGACAACACUUUCCUCAUUCUUAGAGAAAAGGGAGAACUAAGGACUCUGUGUAAAUAAGAAACCAAAACCAUCUCUUCUUUGCCCUUGAGGAAUUUUCUUUUGCCUUAUCUGUGCCCUGUCCCACAUAAAGCAAACUUUGAUGCUGUAUACUCUAGGCAUCCUUUAAGCACGAGUCAGGGUUUCUUCUGGAAUCCUGGGCUGGAGCUGAAGAUGAGAAUACUGUUCCCUCCCACCAGUGGACACAAGUGCUGUGAAACCUGCCUUUUCCCUUUGCUAUUGACCUUUAUGGGUGUUGCAAGCGUUGUUCCUUUAAUGUUUGCUUUCACUAGCUUGUCUGCAGGGCCGUUUGUUUGUUUGAGGAGAGUGUCUGGGUUACCAUGUGGGCUGCUGGGACUGCAUGCUGUGUGUGUGUGUAUGUGUGUUGUGCAAGUGUUUAAACAUAUGUGUGGGGGCUAGAGGUUGAUGUCUUGUGUCUGCCUCAGUUGUUCCCCACUUUAUAUUGAGACAGGACCUCCCACCAAAUCGGAACCUCACGUGUUUGUCUUGACUGGUUGGCCAGUAAGUCCCGGGUAUCCUCCUGUCUCUGCCUCCCCAUUUCUGGGAUUACAGAUAUGUGCUGCUUGCUUGAAUUUGGGUCCUAAUAUCUACACAGCAAGCGCUGUAGAGACAGCUGUCUCCCCAGAUGACGGUUUAUGCUUUUAUGCAUCUCUCUGUGCCCACAGACCCGCCCCCUCUGCAGCUAAGCUGGGAGAAGCCACCUUUCCCACCUGCAGCUUUGGCUUAAGGCACUUCAGAGGCAGAACAAACCACACUGCCUAGACUCUGGCUUCAUCACCUAAUGGGCCACCCACAGCUCUCCAGGGUCAGAAAAGAGCACACUUCAUCCUGGUCUUCGGGGGUCACACUGCGAUCUCAUCUAUAAAGGGAGCCUGCCAGGAAUGAAAAAGAGAAGGCGAAAGAGUGGGCAGCUGCAGAAGGCAGGGCCAUCCCAAGAGCCUGGACCCUGAAGGCUCCAGCGUGAGGAUCCCUUCUGGCUACUUUCCUCUGUGGUUGACGCUUCUGCUUGGGGCUGCCAGGCAAGUACUGUGGCAGAAUGUGUGGCAAGUUCCUGAGGCAGCUGUUGGCUAAGGAGAGCCAGCAUUCCACCCCCGUGGGGCGCUUCCUGCUUCCGGUGCUGAUGGGAUUCCGCCUCCUGCUUCUGGUUUCCAGUGGACCUGGGGUCUUCGGUGAUGAUGAGAGCGAAUUCAUGUGCCAUUUAGGGCAACCAGACUGCAAGACCAUUUGUUAUGAUGUCUUCCGCCCCCUUUCUCCGCUGCGUUUCUGGGCCUUCCAAGUCAUCUUGAUGGCUGUACCCAGUGUAGUUUAUGUGGGUUUCACUAUGUAUCAUGUGAUUGGAUACUGGGAGGAACCAGAAAAAGGGAACAAGGAACAAGAGUCCCGGAUUUGCAAGGGGGACCGCAGUAAAGAUGUCUCAGGGACUGGAAGCCUCAAGCUUCUUUGGGCCUAUGUGGCACAGCUUGGGGCCCGACUGGUCCUUGAGGGAGCAGCCCUGGGACUUCAAUACCAUCUGUAUGGCUUCAAGAUGCCCAGCACUUUUCAAUGUCGUGAGGAUCCUUGUAUCGGCAGCACAACUUGUUUCCAGUCGCACCCCUCUGAGAAGACCAUCCUCCUCAACACCAUGUUUGGGAUUAGUGGGGCCUGUCUCUUGUUUACUUCCUUGGAACUUGUACUUUUGGGUUUAGGGAGGUUUUGGAGGAUGUACAAGGACAGACUCCCCCUUUUAAAGAACCUGCCAACCUCAAAGAACUCUGUAAGGCGCAAGGACACAGCUGAUGACUUGACAGUGGUGGAGACGAAAGAACCGUUUUGAGAAGCAGAGUUUUAAAGUUACCUGGCUUGCUUGAAGAAAACCCCGUGACUGGAUCUUCCUCCAUACAUCCAGUGAGAUGGCACAGUGUCACCAAGCCUCAUGGUCUGAGAUUAAUCUUCAGAACCCACAUGGAGAAGGGAGAAAACCAGCUCCCACAAGAUGUCCUCUGACCUGCAUAUACAUACCAUGGCACCCAUACACAC